GGCCCCGGGCAGCCGAAGCCGAUCCGGUAUCCAGGAUGGCAGCGGGCCUCAGGCGGAGCUGCGGGGUCCUGAGAAGUAUUUCCCAUUUUGGCUGGAGAUCACAACAUACAAAAGCUGUCCCAAAACAUGAACCAGGAUUAGGAUAUAGUUUUGAUUUCACCGAACAGCAGAAAGAAUUUCAAGCUACUGCCCGUAAAUUUGCCAGAGAGGAAAUAAUACCAGUUGCUGCAGAAUAUGAUAAAACUGGUGAAUACCCUGUCCCCCUAAUUAAAAGAGCUUGGGAACUCGGUUUAAUGAAUACACACAUUCCAGAGAGUUGUGGAGGUCUCGGACUUGGAACUUUUGAUGCUUGUUUAAUAACUGAAGAAUUGGCUUAUGGAUGUACUGGGGUUCAGACUGCUAUUGAAGCAAAUUCUUUGGGACAAAUGCCUAUUAUUAUUGCUGGAAAUGAUCAGCAAAAAAAGAAGUAUUUGGGGAGAUUGACUGAAGAGCCGUUGAUGUGUGCCUACUGUGUAACAGAACCUGGAGCAGGCUCUGAUGUAGCUGGUUUGAAGACCAAAGCAGAAAAGAAGGGAGAUGAGUAUAUUAUUAAUGGUCAGAAGAUGUGGAUAACCAACGGAGGAAAAGCUAAUUGGUAUUUUUUACUGGCACGUUCUGAUCCAGAUCCCAAGGCUCCUGCUGGCAAAGCCUUUACUGGAUUUAUUGUGGAAGCAGAUACCCCAGGAAUACAGAUUGGAAGAAAGGAAUUAAACAUGGGCCAGCGAUGUUCAGACACUAGAGGAAUUGUCUUUGAAGAUGUGAGAGUGCCUAAGGAAAAUGUUUUAAUUGGUGAAGGAGCUGGUUUCAAAAUUGCAAUGGGAGCUUUUGAUAAAACCAGACCUCCAGUAGCAGCUGGCGCUGUUGGAUUAGCACAAAGAGCUUUGGAUGAAGCUACCAACUAUGCCCUGGAAAGGAAAACUUUUGGAAAGCCAAUUAUAGAGCACCAAGGGAUAUCAUUUCUGCUGGCUGAAAUGGCAAUGAAAGUUGAACUAGCUAGAUUGAGUUACCAGAGAGCAGCCUGGGAGGUUGAUUCUGGUCGCCGAAAUACCUAUUAUGCUUCCAUUGCAAAAGCAUUUGCCGGAGAUAUUGCAAAUCAGGUGGCUACUGAUGCUGUGCAGAUUUUCGGAGGCAACGGAUUCAAUACAGAAUAUCCUGUAGAGAAACUAAUGAGGGAUGCCAAGAUCUAUCAGAUUUAUGAAGGUACUGCACAAAUUCAAAGGCUUAUUAUAGCCCGAGAACACAUUGGCAAGUAUAAAAACUAAAGAGAUUGCUGUAAAAACAUGAUUCAUCAUUGAUAACUAGAACAUGAUCUGCUUAUUUAAGCUCCAGACAAAAGAAAGGGCUUUAAAUUUCUCCUGUGAAAAUAAAAAUGAGUACUCUAAUACUAUAUCUAAGCAUCUGAUUCCAAAAGUAGUUGGUACUUUAUUUAACUCUAUGAUUUCCCUUUUCUAAAACAGAUUUGGUUUUAUUAAAAUUAUAUGUUGGCCUUAGUACCAGAUUAAUAUAAUUAAUUUGUAUUAAUUAACAAAGAAAAAUACACUUGUUGUUAUGAUGUGUUAAAGUGGCAGAAAUUCCUUGGAAUUCCACUGUUUUACCAGUGACAGAAAAGUGGGCUUAUAAAGUAUUCAGAAUGUUCCAAAUUUACAUUGAGAAAUGGAGACGUGGACACCGUUGAACAACUUACCAGUGACCAUGUAGCCUUAACAGUAUUAUUUUCAGUGCUCAUUCUACUGCCACUUGGAAAGCGUUUGCUUUCAGUUUCGCAAAGGGAGGAACAGUCAAAAUUUUCAUAUUCAUAUUCACCCCCUUAUUGCAUACUUCAGGAAGCUUCUUGAAAUUCUUGUGUAGUUUUGAGCCCACAUUUCACUUGGCUUUAUUAAAAUAAAUCAAAGCUUGCCUUAAAUUAUUUUUAUAUGGCUCUGUUGGUCUCUAGGUAGCCUUUGGUCUGUUGUACACAAUUUCAUGUGAAUGCAUUUUGAAAAGGAACUUAAAUAAAAUAGUUCAGUGGUUAUUA